AUGUUCUCUGCCAUGCUGAUGGACGACUACCGUGAUGAACGCCCCAGGAUCCGCAUCGCUUACAGGGCAGACGGUCACCUUCUGAAUCAACAACGGAUGCACUUCCCAUCACGCGUAUACACAACCACCGUCCACGAACUUCUCUUCGCCGACGACUGCGCCAUGAACACCACUUUGGAAGAGGACAUGCAAUGGAGCAUGGACCUGUUCUCCGUUGCCUGCGACAACUUCGACCUGGUCAUCAACACGCAGAAGACGGUGGUCAUGCAUCGACCGCCACCCAACACAGUCCCUCCCCAAAGCGCCGCAAAUCAUCGCAAACGGAACCCAACUGCAAGUGGUGGAGAACUUCCCGUACCUAGGCAGUACUCUCUCCCGCACCACCAAGAUCGACGACGAAGUCGCCAACAGGAUCUCGAAAGCCAGUCAAGCCUUCGGUCGCCUUCAAAGCAUAGUUUGGAAUCUUCAUGGUCUCCAACUGAGCACGAAGCUGAAGAUGUACAAGGCCGUCAUCCUGUCGACGCUGCUGUACAGGGCGGAGACUUGGACAGUGUACACGAAACCGGCACGCCAUCUCAACCACUUCCUCCUCAGUUGUCUUCGUCGCAUCCUGAGGCUGAUUUGGCAGAAUCGAAUCCCCGACACUGA